UCCAGUACUUAAAAACGCCAAGAGAAAUAAGCACAAUGGUUGAUGCAAUAAUAUUGCGAAAUGAAUGUUUAUGAGAGGAGGCGCUGGAUGGGGACAUUCUAGUGGCAUUCAUAUAUCCAGUAUUUUGCACUGCGUUUCUUUGUUUGAUGAAUCCGUGCGGCGCGUGGUUCUUCAAAGUUGCUGUGGUUUCUGUCACCUUGCAGACUACGCUGAUUUGACGCGCUCAGAAACGCUGCCCCAGAAAUGUGCGUCUUAAACAAAUGCGACAAUGGACCGUUUUUCUGCGGUUUGUGCGAGGACAUUUGAAGUAAGGUCGCUAUCUUUCGUGCUUCUCCGUCUGCUGCGAAGUUGCGCGAGGCGCGCUUGCCUCCCGCGCGCGCGUUACGAUGGCGAGUAAUGAGCAGCGGACUUUCAUCUAUCUCAACUUCGACAUCGACCCGUUCACGGCAGAGCUCGUGUUUCCUCAGGGCGUGCCCAAGGGCGGUUCAGUGUCCCUCGUGUUUGGUGCCUUCCAGAAAGGACAGCCUGUCAAGACAACCAAGUUCACUGAAGAGUUUGCCCGUAUGGUGAGCCAGAAGUUCCGCGUCUCAUCUCCACUCGUAGACGGCAGCCCACAAUGCUUUAUCCGUAUCUCGCUCGUUAAGGAAGGCGCUGAACCGCCACAGGUCCCAAAACCAAACAAGACUGUGAGCCUUCUCAAAAAGCCCCCACUGCCACAGCCGUCACAGCAGCAGAAACAAGCGUCACCAGAUCCUCAGUUCCCCAUGACCAUCGACUUGGACGACGAAGAAGAAAAUGAUGAGGAAGUAGACGGCACAGACGAUACCGCUAAGGAUGCAACAACAAAUGCUGCAAGGGACGGGCCAGCGUGUGCUGAGCCUGCGGUCGUAACGUCUGUGGCGGCGGUCUCUGCGACAUUGAAAUCCGCGGCUCUCCAAGCUAUUGUGCCGAAAACAGCAGAGGCAAACGGUGGUGUUGAGGAUCACAGCGACAGCGAUGGGUCAGUUGGGUCACGACCAGGUUCACCUUUCGACGACGUCGGCGAUGGUGCUGCCGAAAGUACAGCCUCCGACGGUGAUGAGGUUUGCGUAUUUCGUUGCGAUCGGUGCCCUGUGGCAUUUCAUUUCAAGUCAGAGCUGCAGAAGCAUCGAGCAUUGGAACAUGGCCUACUGGAGGACUGCAAGCAUUGCAGUAAGAAGUUCCCCAGCAAAUUCAGCCUGGUACGCCAUAUGUGGUCACACUUGCCUCGCAGCAGGCUUCCUUUUCGUUGUGCAGAGUGCAAGAAGGGCUUUAUUACUAAGAGGGAGCUCCUUGGCCAUAAAGCCAAACCACAUGUGGGGAAACUGCGUGCACAUCAGGAACUUGUAACGAAAACGGAGAACAGGCCACAAGCUCGAAGUGCAGUUAAUUCUAAGGAAGUCAGAGAGGAACUCUCCUGCCCAGAGAAGCGCUCAUACUCUGCUUCUACAGAAGAGGAAAUCUUCUUCUGUGAGUUCUGUUCUGAGGUGUAUUUAACCGGCCACUUCUACCGACAGCAUGUAUCUAAGCAUCAUGCUGAAAAGCUUGACAUGUAUCCUAUUGACAUUAGUCCAUUUAAUGGAGUUGAAAAAGACCCUGAAACUGGCCCUGAUGAAGGGAAGUUCCGCUGCACACUCUGUGACAAGUGUACAGGCAUGAGUUUCCGAGAAGUGUGCAACCAUAUCAGUGAUGAACACCCCGCUGAAGGUGUGUAUGCCUGCAAACGUUGCACCCUUGUGUUUUCUAAUGAGGAGGAAUAUGGGGCACACAACAGCAGCCACGUCGUAAAAGUAACUCCCAGCCAGGCUUCACCAGGAUUCAAAGACUACCACUGUAAUCUGUGCAGUGAGGUGCUCACUCACCGAAAAGCCUUGGUUCGUCACUUACAGCAACACCACCGUGAUCCCAAUGUCAAGCCCUAUGCGUGCGAAAUAUGCCCGUCUCGAUUUCGGGGCAAGGCAAGCUUGUACAUUCACACCCGUAAGCACAACACACAGGUUGAGCGUCGUCGCUUCCCUUGCACUCAGUGUCCCAAGAUCUUCACAGCCAAGCAAUUCCUUAAACGCCACGAGGAGGCUGUGCAUGCUCGACUGCUGCCUUUUGCUUGCACCCACUGUUCCAAGCGCUUCUACUUUGAGCGCCACCUGCAACAGCACCUUGUUAUGAGCCAUCGGUCAAAACUUACAGAAGAGCAAGUGGCCGGAUUGGGACUUAUCCAUAACUUCCAGUGUGAAGAAUGUGGUUUCACUUCAUACAGUGAACGCACCAUCCGUCGCCAUGUAUACAGCCACACAGGCACCUACCCAUUCACAUGUGAAAUCUGCAAUCGUGGCUUCGUGUUCCGCUUUGAGUUAACAGCCCACCAUGCAAGGCGUCACCUGCACCAGAAGCUGCAGUGCCACCUGUGCUCCCGUAUUUUCUUCAUCAAGGAGCGGUUUGAGAAGCACCUGUCUGCUCACCAAGAAAACUGGGGCUUCACAUGUCAAGUCUGUGGCCAGCUAUUUGAGACACAGGGUUACCUGGAAAACCACCAACUACGCCAUUCAGGCAAGACACCGUAUGAAUGCACUGACUGUGGCAAACGCUUUAGUGCACCCCAGGGUUUGACCUUUCACAAACAGCAGCACCACCAUGCCAAGCGUCCUCGCCAUGUUGGCAACUCGCGCAUGGAUCACUGGCCCCUUGGCUGCGACAUUUGUGGAAUCCGGUUCAAAUACUUGAGCAGCCAGCAAGCCCACAUGGCCUUCCACCACCCAUCCACUGAGGGCGAGUCACUCCAGUGCAGCUACUGCCAGCGCAAGCUAGGCUCCAAGCUGGCCCUCUCACAGCACCUUCGGAAGCACACAAACGAGAAGUACAAGUGCAAGCACUGUGAUCGCUGUUUCCAGUCGUACGUAGGGUGUCGUACUCACCAGGUUGUCAUGCACACGCGCAGGUUCAAAACAAACUGCCCGUUUUGCAGCAAGGGCUGUGUAUCUAUCUUUGAGCUGAAGAAGCAUCUGAGAAUUGUUCACAAUGCAAUUGUGGUCAAAGAGCAGCACAACCUCGAAAUGGUUGGUGCUGGUGACACUGAACCUGUAGAGAUGAUGGAUGAGAGCAUGAUCGUUGGAGAAGAGGCCAUUCAUGUUGUUGGAGAGGAUGGAAUGGAGGUCGUAGAAGAAAGUAUGCAUAUUGUCGAUGAAGAUGGAAUCGAGGUAAUUGGUGAAGAUGGGAUCCAGAUUGUUUCUGGUGAGCGUGCGAUGGAGCUUAUUUCUCAGAAAGGCAUGCAGCUUGUCAAAGGGCAGUACAUCCAGGCAGUUGGGCAAGAAAUCCAGGUGGUCAGCAGCCAAGGUGCCGAAGGUGGAAAUGAAGUGGUUUUGUUGGAGCUUGGGGAGUCAUCAGACCUCAUGUAGAACUGUUUGCACCCUGCAAUUAAUCUUUUUAUUAAAGUGCACUUUAUUAAAUAAA